GUGUGUGUGUGUGUGUUUGUACUCCAAUAAAUAACAUUUAAAAAUAUUUCUACUGCGUAUCGAUUCAGUCUAAAACCGACGUAACGUGGGGACCGUGGAAAUCUUCUAAAAAGUCCAAAUUAAUGAAACCAUGACGUUACUUAGUUGGCGCGAGGUUGAGGCGAAUAAAGAAUAGUGAACACUGAAGAGAGGUCCCGUGAGGACAGUAAGUACGCUAACUUAUAAAUGAUGAGUAACACGCGCACUUACUGUAAGUCGCUUUGGAUGAAAGCGUCAGCUAAACGUAAUGUAACGUGCGCGUCACCGUACGAGAAUGACACGUACAGGCAAAACAAGACAGACACGCGACAAGCGCUCCGCUACGGGGGUCGUGCAGGGCUGCAGACUCUCUGUGGUAGCGGUGUCCUCAGGUGGGAGCUCUGCAUGGCGUGCCCUGUGCACUUCUUCUGCCGGGGGCUUCGCACUGUUGGAUUGGUUCUCUUUUACUACGUCUUCUCUAUAGGGAUCACCUUCUAUAACAAAUGGCUGAUGAAGGGCUUCCGCUAUCCCCUCUUCAUGACGUUGGUUCACCUCGCCAUCAACUUUUGCCUGUCGGCUCUGACGCGACGGGCCAUGACGUGCUGGACGGGGAAACCCCGCACCAUUCUGAGCUGGAAGGACUACCUCCGGAAAGUGGCUCCCACGGCCUUGGCCACAGCACUUGAUAUUGGGCUUUCCAACUGGAGCUUCCUUUUCAUCACCAUUAGCUUGUACACCAUGACCAAGUCUUCAGCGGUGCUCUUUAUCUUAUUUUUCUCCCUGGUUUUUAAACUAGAGGAGCCGAACCCAUUCCUGAUCCUGGUGGUCCUGCUGAUCUCCUGUGGUCUGUUCAUGUUUACAUUUGAGUCGACCCAGUUCAAUCUGAAGGGCUUCACCAUGGUGCUGGUGGCGUCCUUCAUAGGAGGGAUCCGUUGGACCCUCACUCAGGUCCUCAUGCAGAAAGCAGAGCUGGGCCUGCAGCACCCAAUAGACGCUUUGUACCACCUGCAGCCUCUCAUGUUCGCCGGCCUCUUUCCCCUCUUCCUGUAUAAUGAAGGGCUCAGCCUCAGUACCUCAGAUAAGUUAUUCCGGGUGACGGAGCUCUCGCCCGUCCUGUAUUCACUGAGCACACUGAGCGUCGGCGGGUUGCUGGCCUUCGGUUUGGGCUUCUCAGAGUUCCUGCUCGUCUCCCGGACCUCCAGCCUCACGUUAUCCAUAUCAGGGAUCUUUAAGGAGGUGUGUACGCUAAUUUUAGCAGCAGCUCUAAUGGGAGACAGAAUGAGCAUGCUUAACUGGCUGGGGUUCACUGUGUGUCUGUGUGGCAUUUCACUGCAUGUAGGACUCAAGACCUAUUAUUCCAAAAUUAAAAGACCAUCUUUGAGGCAGCUCAACAGUAAGAGCCCAGAGCUCGCGUUUCCCUUACUGCGGCAGAGCGAAGACGACCGAGACGAUUCGGCUGCUGAAUACGAAGAUGAGGAACAGGAAAUCACGCUGCACUGAAGUCUAGAUCUUCUGUCUUCUUUAAAGCUGUGGCGUCAGAGCUACGGAGCAUCUAAAACAGUGUUGGGACACACCGCCACCAGAAGAGGGAACCGUCUCUGCCGCUUUUCUUCCCCCGAUCGUGGCUUUGGGCCAUAAUGGGGCCUCGUAAUGCUGUACACUGACUCUGGACUUGACACGAGUUAUGCUCUUUUGCCUUAAGGGAGCUUCGAAAAACAUAUCAAAUACAAGCAAGCGUCAGCAAAGGAUGAUGUAUGUGGAGCGAGAGGCUGGCUGAAGGGAUACUUUGACACCCUGAAUUGUAACGGGUCGUUUUUCUUUGCUUGGUAUUUGUCACACGUUGGGACCUUCACACUUGUAUGCUUAUAUCCUUGUGUGUUCAUAGCAUUCUGUGAAGGCCCCUACAGAAUAACAUGUUAGGGAACUGAGGGACAAAUGUUGGAAGUGUCUGGUUUAUGAUACAUUAACUAGAAUUAUCUCUUGAUUACAACAUUUCUUUCCCUCAAAUAUGGUGCUCAACACCCUGUAAAACUAGAUUAAUAGUUACUCAGAUUCCUUUUUGGGCUUCAAUUGAAUACAGAAUUUGAUACAUCCCUCAUAAUUACAGAAUUUUGAGGUCUGUAGGACCUCAAGUAGCAAUAAUUGGUCAAUCUGAUGGAAAUUUUCUUGAUUAAAUGAUGAUCAAAAAUAAACUCAAACAAAGAAAAUGUACCCGAUGGCACAAUCACAUAAGCCUUCACAAUUUUAGAAGCAAAUAAAUCAUGUUGACUGUCUUGAGACAUUAUACUAAAUACUAGCUAACUGCUCUAACUCGAGUAAUUGAUAAAUCUCAGAGAAAGUCGCAAGUUGGCAACACUGACAAGCCCUUCAGCCCUCCGCAAAUGCACUCCCCUUACAUGUUGAUGAACUCAAAACCAACCAUGGCUCUUAAUAGCACCCACAUCGGUCAAGCUGGAAGAUGUGGGCGACUCCUGAGACCUGCAAUGAGUUUGAGAACUGGUAGCAUACAAAAUGCUUGGAGGAGUAUAUUACUGUUGUAUGACAGGCAAAAAUAAAGGAUUUCUUUUGUCAA